AUGGCGCUGUCUGACGCAGAUGUUGCUUCUUCCUUGGCCGAACCAGACCCUAGUACAAAGGACUUUAUCUUUCAGCAGACUAUGCUGCGAGUAAAGGAUCCUAAGGCGUCACUGGAUUUCUACACCCGUGUAAUGGGCAUGAGGUAAGCUUAUGUAAAAUGACAAAAUAUAUAAGCUUAAGUCUUAUAUAAAGGCAGUCUUGCCCACAUAAUGGGCAAUAGGGUUUUGAAUUAUGCAUGAGGGAGAAAUUUUGGUUUAGGUGCAAUUUGGAGAGGGUGAUACCACUUACAUUAUGCAGCAAGCUCUCCACACAUCACCAUUAAUUUAAAAAUUUAUGGUUGGUAGGGGUGGGGAGGGGGUGUGUCAUCAAGUCAGCUGAAUGGGGUGUACAACAGUUUUUCAGAAGGUGAAAAGUUCAAAUCUUAUUACAGUAAGACUUCUGUAACCAGGGCCACUGAGACAAAGUUGAAUAAUUGGAUCACAGGAAAAUAACAUUAAAUUCCAAGAAAGUUGGUCAUGGGCCAAUCAGCCGCUCAUAUAAAAAAAAAACAAUUUACUCGAAGCACAAAAUUUAAAUAUUGACAGCAAACAUUUCUCAAGAAAGGAAAAUGUUUCACCAAAAAAAUGUUUUUCUAUUCGAAACUUUACAUAUAACACCCAGGAGAUAUAUUUGUUUGACACAAGUUGUUAUUUUGUCAUCUACCAGCAAUUUCGUCGCUACCAGCUGCGCUUUCAUCAUGACCUCAAGUCAAAAAUUAACUAAUAUUUAUGUUUUUUGUCUGCGUCAUCCACUCUAUCUGACCUCUCAGGUAACAUGGUUUUUUUUCAGAGGGUUCAAAAGGUCACAUCAGUAGGUUGUAAUUGGUUGAUUUUGAUCCAUGUUGGGUCAACUGGAUUAUGAUUGACAACUAACUUUCUCAGAAUGUAUUGUUAUUUUCCUGUAAUCUGAUUGGUAAACUUUGUCUAGGUGGCCCCAGUUAUAGUAGUCGCACUGUAAGUAAGCAUUGUAAGUAAGCAAUAAAAGUGAAUCAGGUCCAUCACUAAGGGUCAGGAGCUGGAAAUUUCUGCUUACUAUGAGCGCUACCCCCAGAUACUUUAAUAGAGAUGAAACAAAAGGAAAAUAGAACAUAAAUCACUUUUUAGCUGUUCAAUUUCCUGCCUACUAAUUGCAUCCCUACCAAGCUGCUUUAAAUCUACCAGAUUGACAGCUCUGCUUGAUGGUUGAUGCCAGUCAUUUAACCCAUUCGCUCCUGGAGAUUUUGCCGAAAAACGCGUUUUCAAGCUAGUUGAGUGGUUUUCUGGUCACUGUCGUGCUAUAAAGAGCUAAAACUUACCACAAACCGGUUUACAGGUCGUACACUUCGCGGCCUUCUGAUCCAGAUGCAAAAUAUCAGCUUGUGAAGUUCGGGCAUGCGCAGAAAGCAAAAUUUCGAGAUAGUUUUUGGGUUUAAAAGUGACACAGCAGUCUUGACUUUUAUUUCCGCUUUCUCUCCUCCCUUCUUUUUUCACUUUUCUUGCCUCAUUUUUUUUUUCUCUUGCUGGGCAUUUAGUAGGCUUCAUUUUUGUGGGAAGAGUUUUUAGGAAAGCUUUUAGGAUCUUAGGAUUAGGUGAAAGGAAAGGUAGGUGGGCAAUGGAACAAGAUUUUCAUGGAGAUUUUCAGGUCAAUGUCACGUGGUUUUUUGCUUCUUUCUCCGGGGCAGGGCCUCAUGAUUUUUCACAAGAUGAGUCCUAGGACUCAACAUAACUAUUUGUAACAAAAUCACUGAAUAAAUCGCAGCUAUAUUUUGCUUUUUUUAUGUACUUAGGCUUCUUAAAAAGUUACAUUUCCAUGAGAUGAAAUUUUCCCUUUAUUUUCUGGGAUUUGUGGAUGCAGCUAGUAUUCCAAGUGAUGAAGAUGAACGAACCAAAUGGCUUUGUGCCCAGAAAGCAACUUUGGAACUAACUCAGUAAGCUGUGUCAACCUUCUUAUUAACUUACAUUGCAUAGAAGUGAGUAAAAUGGGCUUUAAAUUCAUUGUUUCUUAAUAAAUCGGUAAUACACCUAUAAGGCUGUAUCCCAUUUGGGUGGGGUCACUUCCUUAUUUAGCCUGCACCUGGGCAAGCCACAGGACUGGGUAUAGGAUUUGUCCUGUCAGUCCUGUCACUGAUUUUCUGCCAGUGUUAGGUUUUGUCCUUUGUCAUAAACAGGGAGCUAUUCAGAACAGAUGUCAUUGACGUAUACAGGGUGUUUAAUGUAGGAUGAGCAGUAUCCCAAUGCCCAAAUUUGGAUCAAGUACCCUCUCUACCCCUGGAAAAGUUCCUAAAUUGAAAUUGUUCUGCUUUUAAUCCUGACAGCAACUGGGGGAGUGAAAGUGAUGACGCAGUCAAAUACCAUGAUGGAAAUUCUGAACCAAAAGGAUUUGGUGAGAAAAUACUCAGCAGUAGUCCCUUCAAUCAUUCUUUUAAUAACAAUACCAUACAUCAAUAUUACGAACAAUCAGAUAUGAUUUCAGGUUAAUUUUGAUUUAACCUAAUUGUAGGUUUAAAAUUUUAACCUGAAAUCAAAUUUGACUAGUAACAUAAACACCUUCAUGUAUGAAAGGCAUCUAAAUGAUGUCCACCAGUUAUCAUCACUGUCUUAUUAUUCUUGUCUGUCCAGGGCAUAUCGGUUUUGUUGUACCAGAUGUGGACAAGGCAUGUGAACGGUUUGAGAAGAUGGAAGUAAAGUUUGUAAAGAAACCUAAUAAUGGUAACCAUGAUUUUCUUGAGAUUUUCCUUUACCAGCAGCCCAUGUAUGCCUAUAAUUUACUUAAUAUGUAUGUAAUUUGCAGUCAAAUAACGUUGCACUCGCUGUUUUUCUUCUCACUGGUUAAGAUCUUUCAAGUACAGUUCAUAUUGUGGAAAGCAGCACAGUGUAGAGAUUAGUCACUGUCUAAUCUGCUAGCAGAUAGGUGAAUGAUCUGUAAGGUGCAAUGUAUGUUUUCUAUGAGAGAAUGAUAAUUAUGUUUCUUGUAUUAGCAAACUUGUUGUUUGUGUCUUUAAGGCAAUGUAUUACAGUUAUUAGGUUUGGUUUUUAUGACAUCCAAAAUAAUCAAGGUCUUGGUAAAAGAACAGCUGAGGCAUAACCUAUUCCAGACAUCACAAUAGUAAUUUAUAUUGCUUAAUAAAGUAACAAAAUUUGGUUUUAUCCAAGCAAAAUUCUGAUAAAGGUUUAGGUUUUGUAGGUUGUUUACUAGAUUUUUCACAGUCCCCUAUUUUUCCGUAAGAUUGUCGAGAUUGAGCGCUUUGCGUUACAGGCUGCCAUCUUGCAUGAGUGUCAAAACUACUUAGGGGGCGGGGGUGGAUGGGAGGAAGCGAGAAAAGUAUUUUUCACGCCCCAUCCCCCUAGAGCUAUAAUCCCCGAUGCCCGCUCCCUCGGUACAUUUGAAAAUCAAGGUGGCCACUAUUAAUCGAUGAUCUCGCUGAAAAAUAGACUGUGAACAGUCUAGUUGUUUACUUACACGGUUGCUUUAUGGAUAAUGUAAAAUUUUAAUGUUACUUUUGUCCUGGUUACAGGUAAAAUCAAAGGCAUAGCAUUUGUUCAAGAUCCUGAUGGCUACUGGAUUGAACUUCUUAAUGGGGAAAACCUGCUGAAGGCUUCUAAAGAAUGGUGUUCAUAA